CCCGGCGUGGGAGCCGCGUUCCAACGACACGCGGGAGAAGGCGGGCCCACCAGCCGCUGGGGGAGGUGAGACCUCGUGGACCGCGCCCGACGGCGAGCAGGCGGUGCUGGGCCGUGGGGCUGGGCCAGAAGACGUGCUGGAGGCGUCGGCAGCGGUAACGGGCACUGCCUGGCUGGAUGCUGACAGCCCAGGCCUGGGCGGAGUGACUGUAGAGGCCGGUAGCGGAGACACCCAGGCCCUUCCAGCCACUCUCUCUGCUCCUGCCGAGGCUCUCGAGACGUCAUCAAUGCCCCGCGCCGUCCCUGACGCUACAGAGGCCAGCGGACCACCCUCCCCCACCCCUGGCCACAAGCUGAACCCAGUCUCAGAACUCCCCAAGGAAAAUCCCUUGGAGGUUUGGCUGAACCUGGGAGGCAGCACACCUGACACUCAUGAGCCAGAGCCCACGUACCCCUUUCAAGGCACACUGGAGCCCCAGCCGGCGUCAGACAUCAUUGACAUCGACUACUUCGAAGGAUUGGAUGGUGAGGGCCGUGGCGCUGAUCUAGGGAGCUUCCCGGAGUCGCCAGGAACUUCAGAGCACCACCCUGAUAGUGAAGGGGAGACCCCUUCCUGGAGCCUGCUUGACUUAUACGAUGACUUCACCCCCUUUGACGAAUCUGACUUCUACCCCACCACCUCCUUCUACGACGACUUAGACGAAGAGGAGGAAGAAGAGGAGGAUGACAGAGAUGCGGCUGGAGGUGGAGACCUGGAAGAUGAAAAUGACCUUCUAGUGCCCACUGAGAAGCCUGGUCUGGGGGCUGGGACAGGCCAGCCCACCAGUCGGUGGUAUGCUGUCCCUCCACAGCAUACUCUGGGGAUGGUCCCCGGCAGCAGCAUUGCCCUCAGGCCUGGCCCAGGAGAGCCAGGCAGGGACCUGGCCCCAAGUGAGAAUGGCACUGAGUGCCGCAGUGGCUUUGUGCGGCAUAAUGGCUCUUGCCGGUCAGUGUGCGACCUCUUCCCAAGUUACUGUCACAAUGGCGGCCAGUGCUACCUGGUGGAGAACAUAGGGGCCUUCUGCAGGUGCAACACGCAGGACUACAUGUGGCACAAGGGGAUGCGCUGCGAGUCCAUCAUCACCGACUUCCAGGUGAUGUGCGUCGCCGUCGGCUCCGCCGCCCUUGUGCUGCUCCUGCUCUUCAUGAUGACCGUGUUCUUCGCCAAGAAGCUCUACCUGCUCAAGACGGAGAACAGCAAGCUGCGUAGGACCAACAAAUUCCGGACCCCAUCUGAGCUCCACAACGAUAACUUCUCCCUCUCCACCAUCGCCGAGGGCUCUCACCUAAAUGAUGAUCCUGGUGCUCCCCACAAAAUCCAGGAAGUCCUCAAGUCCUGCCUGAAAGAGGAGGAGUCAUUUAACAUCCAGAACUCCAUGUCGCCCAAACUGGAGGGUGGCAAAGGCGACCAGGCAGACUUGGAGGUGAACUGUCUUCAGAACAACUUGACCUAAAGCAGAGCAAGGAGAUAGGCACUGAACUGGGGGGUGGGGGGUGGGGGGGGGAGAAGCGUGGCCCCUCUUGUACAGAGUCUAUUUCUUGUAACCAUUUGUUAAACUCUUUUCUUUUUCUGAUCUCAUGGCAUGCUUUAACGUAUUUUGUACAGGAGGGUGAAAAACAAAAAAACAAAAUAAGCAAAGAACUUGAACAGAAUUGCAUACGUGGGGUUGUUCGUCUGUGCUGUCUGUACAUUGCUUCUGCUGCUGCGAUUUCUAAACCUAUACUGUUAUUCAACUGACUUUUUUUUUUUGUACUUUGAUCCACCUUUUUUUGAAAUACCAGUAAAAAAACAAAGUUCUUGAAAUAAAACUUUUUAAAAAG